GUACGAGUGAGCAAGGGCAUCAGCGGCCAUAUACGCCGUGUGCCCGGGUAGAGCAUGUUGUGAUGGGCUACCGGACCCUCUGAUUGACGGGGCUGGCGGGGGUCCAUCCUCAGGAAGGAGGGAGGAGUUCCGACGAUGGUUCGUCCGUCAUACCGAAGGGUGUGAGUGUGAUUGCCGGUGCUGAUGAAGCGGAUGAUGCGGUGGAUGCGUGGCGUUGGGUUGGGUUUCUGGUCGUAGCUCGCCCGAUCAGUCGUCAAUCGUCAAUAGUCAUUGCGAUCAUGUCUGUAAGCGCGUUCGGAUGGAGCUCCUGUUCCCUUAAUUCCUGAUCCAGUAAGACGCGAUAUCGACUCGACUCGACUCCACUGCCCUGCGGACCCUCCCGCCCGUCCCGGAGAGUGAGACUGAGAGUGAGAGCAUGACGUCGCGCCGAAUGCGAUCCAUGGGUCGUUUUCUGCAGAGCUAUCCAGUGAUUCUAGACGUAAGCAAGAGAUACUGGUUGUCCUCAACCACUCUAUCCAUUGUUGUGGUGGGGUUGGGAGUCAUCGCAAAGGGGGCUGAGGUGUCCAGCUCCAUCGUUGCAGAGGCUGUCCAUACAAAUCGCGGGGAUGACGGCAGAUCGGCUUAUCAAAUGGAUACGGCCCUCAGACGAUCCAUGUGCAACGCAACGAGUCCAUCGAUCAGCGGAGUUAUUAAUAGAAUGAUAAUGGAGAGGAGUGGUAUGCGUAUUGGAUGAGUCUCGCGGAGGAAUUAAAAAUUGAGCCAC